AUGGAUGGAGUAUUGAGGUAUGGAACCAGACUUUAUGUGCCCGAUAGUGAUGGUUUGAGGAGAGAAAUAUUGGAGGAGGCGCACAUGGCAGCCUAUGUGCCUCAGACUGAUGGGCAAUCAGAACGAACAAUACAGACAUUGGAAGAUAUGCUGAGGGCAUGUGUAAUAGACUUUGGGGUUAAAUGGGAUCGGAAAUAUAACCCAAAUCCAUCUCAUGUAAUGUGGUAUGAAACAAUCCAGUUGCAAGACGAUCUAACCUAUGAGGAGCAACUAGUGCUUAUUCUUGAUAAGCAAGUUAAAAAGCUCUGUUCAAAGGAUGUAGCCUUAGUGAAAGUGUUAUGGCGAAACCACACCAGUGAAGAGGUAACGUGGGAAGCUGAGGAGGACAUGCGGAUAAAAUAUCCACACCUCUUUGAUGCUUAG